UAUAAACCCACCGGAUAUGGAGCCGAGUAUCCAAUAGUAUUUCCAACCGAAAUCCAUUAUUCUCAAAUCCAGCGUCCGCCGCCAGACGCCGUCCCUGCCCGACAGAUGAUGCUGGUCAACCUGACCAAUUUUCCAGCAAACAAAGCCGGCGAUGCAUAUACAAUCACGAUGAUUGGCCCAUGGCGGAACACAAGCCUCCAACGGCACGACGUUUUUGCGUAACAGUUCACACAGCUUUCAGAAAGUGUGGUCUCCCCGCAUUCUCGUAUCCUUGGAAGCUAGUGAAGCGGGUCCUUCGAAAGAUUCAUAAAGACGAGCGGGUCCUGAUCCAAAAAGUGAACGUCAACAAUCGUUCAAUCAUCCUCUCUCCAUUCUGUAUUACGAAGAGAGUCGACAAUUAUGGCUUCAACCAAAGCCUCAGAGGGAGUCAAUCCCGAUGCACCUCUUCAUUUCCCGCCAGAGGACAACCUCGCUCACACAAAGUCUAUGAAUCAGAUGGUCCGCGAUGCUAAGAGGGCAAGUGACGAGGAACAAAAGAUGACCCUGUGGCAAGGAAUACGAUUGUACCCAAAGGCAGUAGGAUGGAGUGUCCUCAUCUCAACCUGUAUAGUCAUGGAGGGUUACGAUGUCUCUCUGCUCGGCAGUUUCUGUGAGUUUUUCUUUGUGGGGUCGAGGAGACCUUUCCACCGGGAGAAGCUAUUUACUGAUUAAAACAGAUGCCUUCCCGCAGUUCAACAGAAAGUAUGGAGAGCUUUCCAGGGAUGGAACUUAUCAGAUACCUGCUCCAUGGCAGGCUGGUCUUAGUAAUGUGAGAAAAAUCCUCUUGGUAAAUCGCCACAUCACUCACGUGCCAAACUACAGGGUGUAAUUUGUGGAGAAAUCAUCGGACUUUUCAUCAAUGGUUACGUUUCGGAAAGAUUUGGUUACCGGAAGACAGUCAUGACUUGCUUAACCAUACUCAUCGGCUUGAUCACAAUUUUCUUCAUGGCCCAGAAUGUCAUUGAACUUCUAGUAGCCGAAAUUUUAUGCGGUAUUGUAAGUCUUCUCCCCUUAGUGUGGCUGUGGGUGCGCAUAACUAAUUCGUUGUAGCCGUGGGGAAUGUUCCAGACUCGUGAGUUUGAGUUUCCCUUGUAUCUCUCGAGCAAUUACUAAUUGAUAUAUAGUCACUAUUACUUAUGCCUCGGAAGUUUGCCCAGUUGCUCUUCGUGGGUACCUUACAACUUAUGUUAAUUUCUGUUGGGGCCUUGGACAACUUAUUGGUAUUGGAGUUAUCAGAGGCAUGUUGCCACGAGACGACGAGUGGGCAUAUAGGUACAUUUCCCUCUCACUUUGAUUUGCGCCAGUUCCGUUUGAAUCACGAUGAAUUAACAUUUUCAUAGAAUUCCGUACGCUCUGCAGUGGAUGUGGCCUGUACCACUUCUAAUUGGAGUCGCCAUGGCACCUGAAUCCCCAUGGUGGCUUGUACGAAAAGGCAGGAUCGACGACGCAAAGAAGGCUCUUCUUCGUCUUACGAGUUUGAAUCGAGAAACAGAUUUCAAUGCCGACGAGACCAUUGCCAUGAUGCGUCAUACCACUGCUUUAGAAGAGAACGUUAGUUUGAAUUCCUCAAAAAGAAAGUUCUGGGCACCUAUUGACAAAUUGUAGAUAACUGUAGGCGCAAGCUACAUGGAUUGCUUCAGAGGUACCGAUCUCCGCCGUACCGAAAUUGUCUGCAUGGUGUGGGCCAUCCAAAACCUUUCCGGCAAUUCCUUCUCGGGGUAUUCGACUUACUUCCUCCAACAAGCCGGCCUUUCCAAUUCGAAAGCCUACGAUUUUACCAUGGGUCAAUAUGGAAUCAACAUGGCAGGUGUAUUCGGAGCCUGGUUUCUCAUGAAUCUUGGUCUUGGUCGAAGAUCACUUUAUCUUUACGGUCUCUGCGGUCUCUUCGUCAUGCUUUUGAUUAUGGGUUUCCUCGGCUUGGUCCCAGAUCGGGACGCAGGUUCUUUAGCUACCGGCUCAAUAAUGUUGGUAUGGGCUGCUUGUUAUCAGCUCAGCGUUGGUACAGUUUGCUACUCUCUUGUUGCCGAACUUUCCACCCGUCGUCUGCAAAUCAAAACGGUCGUACUUGGACGAAAUCUUUACAACAUUGUUGGAAUAAUCUGCGCCAUUCUCACCCCUUACAUGCUCAAUCCUGGAGCUUGGGACUGGGGCAAUUACGCAGGCUUUUUCUGGGCCGGCAUCUGCUUCUUGUGUAUUAUUUAUGUUUACUUUAGACUCCCUGAGCCGGCGGGUCGUACAUUUGCGGAGCUGGACUUGUUGUUUGAGAGAGGAGUUAGUGCGAGAGAUUUCCACAAGACAAAUGUGGAUGUAUUUAAUGAGUCGAUUGCGGGGAGUGUGAUGGAAAAUCAUGUUGGGGACAAGAAGGAAGAGCAGUAA